AUUCUGGGCUUCCGCCCUUCGCCGGUCCACGGCCGGGAGGCCUCACCGCUGGUUCCACCGUCCGCACCAGCCCCUCUGUCGCCGCCGCUCCUUCGACAUCCCCCAAGCCCCGCCCCGUCCCCAGCAGCCCUCCAGACUCCCCGUCCCCCCGCGGCAGACUCCCAGCCCAGGUUAUCCUGCGCCCCACGGACGCAGAACCUGGCCCGGGAUGGACAGGGAGACGCGCGUGUUCGCCGAGAGCCACUUCAGAGGCCUCGAGGGGCGUCUCCCCAGCAGAGUUUGUCCGAAACUGGACCGCGUGGACUUCAUCGAGAAGCCGGACUCCUUUUCCUACGCCGACUUUUUCAAGGGCUACCUGCUCCCCAACUUGCCCUGUGUUUUUUCCAGCGCCUUCACCGAGGAGUGGGGUAGCAGGAGGCUCUGGGUGACACCCAGCGGAAAGCCCAACUUCGAUUAUCUGCUUCAGAACUAUGGAGACGUGGUUGUACCUGUUGCAAACUGUGGGGUCCAGGAAUACAACUCCAACCCCAAAGAACACAUGCCCCUCAGAGACUACAUCAGCUACUGGAAAGAGUACAUUCAGGGAAACUACUCCUCUUCACGGGGCUGUUUAUAUCUCAAAGACUGGCAUCUGUGCAGGGACUUCUCGACAGAAGGCGUGUUCACCCUGCCCAUAUACUUCUCAUCUGACUGGCUCAACGAGUACUGGGAUGCGCUAGACGUGGAUGACUACCGCUUCGUUUACAUGGGGCCCACCGGCACUUGGUCACCGUUCCAUGCCGACAUUUUCCGCUCCUUCAGCUGGUCCGUCAACAUCUGCGGGAGGAAGAAGUGGUUCUUCUUCCCACCAGGGCAAGAAGACGCCCUGCGGGACCGUCAUGGUGGCCUGCCCUACGACGUGACCUCCCCCAGCCUCCUGGACAGCCGCCUGCACCCCACGCGAGAUGGCUGUGGUCCGCCACUGGAGGUCACACAGGAGGCCGGCGAGAUGGUGUUUGUGCCCAGUGGGUGGCACCACCAAGUCCACAACCUGGAGGACACCAUCUCCAUCAACCACAACUGGGUCAAUGGCUGUAACCUGGCCAACAUGUGGCACUUCCUGCAGCAGGAGCUCCGUGCCGUGCAGCAGGAGGUCAUUGAGUGGAGGGACACCAUGCCUGACUGGCAUCACCACUGCCAGGUCAUCAUGAAGUCCUGCUCUGGGAUUAAUUUUGAAGAAUUUUAUCACUUCCUGAAGAUCAUUGCUGAAAGGAGGCUUCUCCUCCUUGCGAAGGGGAUGAGCCCUGGCCAGGCAGAGGAUGGCGAGGACACUGGAUUGGGCCCCCAGCAGGCCGCAUUUGACAUUGGCCGCAUAGCUGAGGUGCUGGAGUCCGUGGUGGUCCACCCUGACUUCCAGAGGGUAGAUACUAGUACAUUCUCACCACGGCCAGAGGUACUACUGCGGCAGCUGAAAGAGGCCGUAGCUGCCACGACGUCCCUUUAGUGCAUGCUCUGAGGACUGGCUGAAGCACGUCUUUGGGGGACGCUGGAGGCACCAGUGUGGAAGGCGGUCAUCCUGCUCCAGGAUCCCUUCUGGAAAUAAAGCUCUGCCCUCCUGUGUGGCCUGGGACCUGUCA